AUGGAAAAGUUCGAAAAAGAUCAUAAAGAAAUGGAAAACGCAUUAAAGGCAGAAAUAAUAGACCUUAAAUCCCGCAGUAUGCGCGACAAUUUACUGUUUCAUAAGCUACCGGAAGAGAAAGACGAAAACUGCGAGGAAAAAAUAAAGCAUUUCAUCCAAGAUAAAUUGAAGAUCGAUAACGCCAUUGAUACGAUACGGCUACAGAGGGCUCACCGGGUAGGUCCCUUUAAGGCGGGCAAGAGUCGACCGAUAGUGGCCAAGUUCACGGAGUUUCACGAUCGUGAAAAAGUCCGACGAGCAGCGAAAGAACUGAAAGGAUCAAACUUCGGGAUUUCAGAGCAGUUCCCUAAGGAGAUCGUGGAGCAGCGAAGGAAGCUUAUACCUAUCAUGCUACAAGCUAGGAAGGAUGGCAAAGAGGCUUACCUUAAAGUUGACAAGCUAUAUAUAAACAAUCAGCUAUAUCGCGGAUCUACAUAG